CAAGUGAGAAAGCGAGACCGAGAGCGAGCGAGUGAGUGAGCGAGAGUGAAAGAUAGGUAUCUGUCUUCGUGGAAGCAACUUUGAGUGGAGUCGAAUCGGGAGCGAAAAAAAAACCUUAGCAGUUGAAGAAAAGUGUACUUCUUGGUCGGAAAUUGACCAAAAUAUAGUGUAAUUUUAAAUAAUUGUGCCUACGAAAAGUGCCAGCGGGAAGAUCCUGCGGAUAGGGAUUAGUGGAAUGUUGAUUUCGUUGCGAUUUUGAACUGUCAUCGUUGUACUAGAGAGCAGUAUCUGCAGAAGCGCUGCAUGUAUUGCAGGGGCAAAAAAAUGGAACAAGCAAACGUUGAAAGUCGCUGCCGUCUGUGCUUCUCGGUGGAGGAUCUUACCUGCUCCCUCUUCCCACCCGAAGGAGAACCCAGCCGGGAAGUGAUCGACAUGAUACUGGAGUGCACUUCUAUACGGAUAACCUUGGAGGAAGACUACCCCGCGAAAGUGUGCGAAAAGUGCUUGGAGACGUUAGACAAGUUUUACCACUAUCGGCAGCGUUGUCUGCAGAAUGAUAAAAUACUGAAAUCUCAACGAAACACAUUCAAUAGCCGAACGAAAUUGGUUCAAGUAAAACAGGAACAGCUGGACGAGCAGGAGAACGAUGUACGCCUCUCGCCCGCCGAGGAACAACCUGGGCAACCCGUCAAACAAGAAGAUCCCGGAGGUUAUUCGUCUAUCUUGAGAAGUAUUCUGCUGCAAAGUCGCGAACCGGGUCGGGCCGGAUCGACAGCAUCAGUAGAGCAAGAACUGGAACAGGACAAUACAGGGCCACCUCACCCGCAACCUAAGGCGGAACAAAACGAUAAUCUAGCCGAUGAACGUGAAACUGCUCCCUCUUCGCUUCUGCAGCAGAUGCUCCUGCAGCAGGGCUACUCACCGCGAGAAAUUCAAUCUCCGGUCACUCAUCAGGGACCCACCAAUCCGGAACCAACGUCUUCUCUGUUGAAACGUAUGCUGCUCGAAGGUGGCGCCAAUCACGACUGUCCGUCACCGUUGGAAGGUCUCAGCACACUGAAUCACAAACAGGAACCGGAUCCCACGCCACCACCACCGCCGCCGCCGACCAAUCAUCAUCAGCACGACGAAAAUCACAACGAAGAACAUUCCGAGACGCCACUAGCGUCACAGUUGCGUGCGAUUCUACUGCAGCAUCGUGCUGCGGCUGCCGCAGCAAUGGCAGCUGCUUCCUCCGGAGCCGGUGGUGGUAGCAGCACGGCCACAGUCUCGACGGUAACGGCAGGUUCGGCGACGGUAACCGAUGAACUACUAAAGUCAACCGGCGGUUCAACGGAGAAACCGGAAGUUUCCUAUUUGAGAAGUUUAUUCCUGCGCAACGAUUCCGAAGGAAACGAGGACAGCGAUAGCGAUGCGGGCGAUAGGCCAACCGGGGAGAUGCUAUUCAGCAUGUUCCAACAACUGCGCGCUCGAAAUGAGCUACCCAACUCCGACGAUACGGACGACUCGGAGGAUCGUGCCUUCGAUUACCGGAUUCCGAGUGUACGACGGCGCAGCUCGGAAUCCACUACGGACUCUCGCAAGCGCCGUCGGAUGGACUUCAACUGUUUGUUGUGUGGACGAUUGUUUCUGAAUCGGUCCAAACUGGUGCUCCACAUGCGAACGCACGUUGCUCCGACGGAGCCUACACCUCCCCGGCAGUCACCAUCUCAAGCACCGCCGGUAACUCCGAAUUCGACGGCAACUUCAGCCGCGUCCAUUGUGGCAGUCACAGCCGCGGCUGCUGCCGUUCCUGGUGCCAACAACACAGAGGACGACGAGGAAAGUCGUCAGAUCGAACUGCUCGAACGGCGCUCGUAUGCGUGCUACAUUUGCGGGGCCGAUCAGAACAAUCUGCAACAGCUCAAGGAACACUUACUACUCGCCCACCAGGAUCGCAUCCGUAGUCGGGGUCGGGCCAAGGAACGACCGAAACCGUUAAUCAGCUGCAACUUUUGCAGUCGCCAAUUCAGGAGUCAAUUUGCCUACGGGGAACACCUGAGAACACACACCGGCGAGCGGCCAUUUCCUUGCGAUCAGUGUGAUAAGCGAUUUCCGAGGCGCUUCCAACUGCUAGGUCAUCUGUACAACGUGCACAAGCAGUCCUGGGUGGCGGACGAGUCCAAGGCAAAGUUUGUGAAGAAAUAGAAUUGAACUCGAUUUAAUGCCGAAUGCAGACGGCAAUGACACAGGAACACACUCCGAACCUGCAUCGGUGGGGGUGUUUAGAUUGUUAGGAACCCUUUCGUUUUAAUUAUAUUUUUUUAAUUUUUUGAUACAUUUAUAACAUACGAAAAUUAUACCUUUUAUUAUCUGUUGAGAAGUAUAGCAUACAAUUUUAUACUGAACAGUUGUGACGGUCUUGUAGUAUACUGAUCCCUUUUUUUUUAAUCUAAGUCCCAGGAAACGCUAUUCAGAAGACAAGAUGUUGGCGCUAGCCGGGACCCUACGUUGUGUUUAAUUAAAUCCUCACCAGGAUAUUUCAGCGAAGCGACGGCAGCUAUUUGUCGGUCGACCUUACUUGCAUUCGCACUGCAGUACACCGGUAGCGAACAGCAAUGCAACUAACGGGUUCUGCAAACAGCCACAGCGGUCACCAAAGCAGCCAAAGGAGCAGAAGACGAACAGCCACAAACAAACAGCUGCACUGAUAAAACUCACAACUGGAUGAACCUUGGCGGACUCUUGCCAAUAAAAAAAAAACUACACUAUUUUAACGUUUGAGUCACUUUAUUCACUGACUAUUGCUAGUGUAUUUCACUUCUGCUGUUCGAUACACUUCGGACUUUAUGAUAGAUCAAAAACGGUCCGAUUCUAAUGCAGGUUUAUUUGAGACUGACUGGUCUGAUGAUUGUGAACAGAGCGAGAAGAUAAAAUGAAAAACUGAGUUGCCAGAAGGGCCUGAGAAACUGACAUAAUUCUAUGAACGGUAGCACCAACUAUCUGCAGAAGGCAGUGUUGGUAAACAGUGUCGCCAGUAAAACUAGUGCGACGCAACACAAGAAGAUCCCAGUCCGAUACCGGUAAAACAAAUCUGCAACAGCGUUCAGUGAUGGAGAAAUGUUUACAGUUGGUGUUCAAGUUUAGAACUAGGUCCAAUAACUUCAAAAGCUGCGAAAUGUGUUGAAUAAUUGGAUACAAUCCAUACCUGACAUACAGCGUACAGAACGUCUUUUUACGAAUCAACCAAAACAUCGAUCAGUUCCUUGAAUGCGCAAGAUGGACCAAAUUCGUUGAUGUCUUUAGCCUUAAUGAAUCCAGCCACAAAAAUAUUACAUAAUUUUGCUAAAAAAUGAGCAGGAAUGAUUGGAAACGUAUAGUAUAAUCCACACACUUUAUGAGUUCCCGAGUGGGCGCCGAUUGCAUCAUUCAAUUCUGCUUCGUCUGAGAAUAAAAAGUAUGGAACAACAA